UAAUAAUAACAAUAAUAACGUUAUGUCGAAUUGUGUCGAACGAGUCGAUCGCAAUAGCGCACUUCAAACCUUCGACACGCAUUGUCUGAUUCAAUAUUCACGAGAAGCACGUAACAUAAGUGUAAAGUCAAUGAGGAAUCUAAGAAAGAAAUUAUAUUGUUGCAUGAAUGAUGUGUGACACAGUGUUUUCGUACGAGCACUGGAAAACAACUACGUCAACGCGUAGUCGCGUAUAUUUCAAUUUAUAAUUGCUUUGUAAACAUGUUGGUUGCGAAUAAAAAUAAAACACAGAUGUGAUAUGAAGUCCAGGCUAUCAUACACGGCGAGUCGUCAGGAAAUUCGGUCGCAAAGAUGCGCAUCAAGAUUUAUUUCUGGUCGAGAUUUAAUCCUUAACCUCAAAAAAUCGAUUCAAGAAUUGAAUUCUUAAUUGUCACGAAUUCAAGUGUGAAAUAAAAAUGGAAAAAGUCAAGUCCAGACAGAAGAGGAAAAAGGAGCGUGUGCGCUCAUAUAAUUUGGAGCGACAAAUACCAGACGCUCCAACGCUCGAAGAAUUCGAGUGUUUACUGGGCGAAUCACCAACAAAUUAUCCAAAGGUUGAAGGCGUUGAAAACAUGGAAAGCGAACUUCAUUCUGCUGCUAUCGAUAUGAACAACGACAGUUAUACCGAGAGGCAGAAACUUUUGACAACUGAGGACAAUACUGAAGAGUUUGAAACUCAACAGUCGAGUGUGCGUAUGGAUGAAAUAACAGUGGAUCAAGUUGACGGCAAAGAAGAUUCAGCUCCGGUUCCAGCAACAGCUCCCGUGAUAGAUGAAAAUGAGGGCGAAGAACUGGAAAGCGUUGUUUCAACGAUUUCUUCCAUUCAGCUGGAAAAACCUAUGCCGAGUGCUCCAAUUCUGGAAACUCCAGUUGAUCAAGCGGUUGUCGAACAAUCGUCAGAAAGCAACGACUCUGUGUUACCGAAGCAAAAAGUUAUUAAAAUCGAAAGCCAAUCAUUCAGAUUGGACACAAGGAAGAAAUCGGAAGUGGUACCGUUCACAGAUAGCCAAUUGGCAGAGCUGUACAGCAACGAGGAAUUGUCUUGGGUCGAAACGUUCGUAACGUACUUCAUAGAAACAGAAUUGCGGAAUUCGGCGCUACGCCAGCAGCAUCGUCUCCACGAGUUACUUAUGAGUUACUUACGAGUACGUAACAAUUUGAUCGUAAACUGUCACGAGUUGGAGAGCGUGAAGAAGAACUGCAAAGAGAUACAAAAACAAUUAUGGUGUUUGGACAAAGCUGUGAUCACGGAGUCGGGCGAGUGUCAGGACGGCAAUCCCGUAAGCGCGAGUCACGAGUAUUCGAUCGCACGUUUCAACCAACACGCGCUUACGGGUUUGACGAAAAGUUUGGCGAGUAUAAAAGACCUUUUGCACAAUUCACAAGCUCUUUAUUCCUACGAGGCGGAACUGCUGAGACUGCAGAUCGAUCAUUACGUGCAAAGAGUCUGCACUUCGUGCAAAGAAUUCGCCACUGUCGCCCAGAAUUCACCGGUCAAUUUGACAAACGUUGAUUCGUCUGUAUUGCCAAGGGCUAACUUCGAAAUGGAUCAAUUAAAAACUUGCAUCACCAUAUUAUUCAACUUCCAACGACGCGUCAUUCGUGAUGGCAAAUUUGUUCUCGAUUCUCGAGAAUGGUUGUCCAGGUUGGUCGCGGUGUUGCUUCGCGUUGCCAAUUGGCAAGAUCACAUGUUCAUCCUGAAUCACGUCCUCCGAUGUCCAGGCGGGGUGACCAAUUGGGCGAUUGGUUUCGUACAGAUCCCGCUGCCACCGCGAAACUGUACCACCAUUUCCUCCAAUUCUCUCCUCAACGAUCCGUAUCUAGAUCACAUGGUUGCAACUCUUGCGGUAAUACUUUUGCCGAUAAGGGAGCGAGAGAAAUUUCUCGAGCAGGUCCAUGUGACCUCGUUGCAAGAGACCAACUCCGCUGAUAAUCCCAGCGAUACCGUUUGGGUAAUGCUCGACGAAGAGGGCGAAGAAGAUGAGGAUCUUGCCAAUCUCGGGGCUAAUCUCUUCGAGAGCGAUCUUAUCGCGUUGCUUCAUCAAAUUCCUCUGGAAAAACUAUUCGAGCACAUUCCCUCACGCGAACAAGAUGAUCUCACCGAAUCUCCUUGUUCCUUCGCUCAAAUCUCGCCCCGUAAACAUCGUCGUAUCCUACGACUAUUCGCCUUCUCCACCGUACUCGUUAGACUGCUCAAACAAGGCCUCAAAACUUAUAACUCUCCGCGAUACCGACAACUCGCUAAGCGACUCAGCGCUAUCAUCAGAGAUAUUGUACAGUAUGCAACCGAUGAGUGGGAAAGUUAUGACAAAAACGAACAUUCGUCCAUGUGGUCUCGACAAGAAACCGAAUACGACAGCUUCUUCUUACGUGCGACAAUGUGUAUUUUUUCGUCACGUCGCCUCGGGGCAUGGCAAUAUCUUGCUACGAUUCCAUACCAUUUGAUAUCGAGUUCCACUCUUUGGCAUAUUUUUUAUAUUCUCCACACGGACGUCACGAGCCUUGAUUACCUUCAAUUGGACUUGACACCAGAAGAUUGGGAUAAGGAAUUGAAUAAACCACAAUUACGUGACGCUUUCGAGGAGAAAUUGAGCGAAAUGCCCGGUGACGAAUCUUAUUUUCUUUUAACAACAUUUGCCAACAUGGCGAUGGCUAGAUCGAAUCAAGACUACGAUUUCAUACGAGCUACGACAAUUGAUCUUUUUCAAAUAGGAUUUCUCAGCACAAAAACUAAAGAUUCCUGCUCGAAAGACGCAAGAUCUCUGUUGACUAAUUUGACCAGCAAGCAUCCAGCACUUUUAUCUGACAUUAUUGUUAAAUUACGGGACAAUUUUGAAUCUGUCGGAAAGUUGAGCAUCUACUUGUUCACGGAAUUGAGAAUCGAUAAGUGGACUCCUAAGGAGGAAGACAUGCUCGUCCUCUCCAACUGGCUGCAUCAGCAUCCACUUUCCUCGACGGAAAAUCAUUUGGCGCGCCUUGUUUUGACGCAUCUCAAUUGGGGCAUGCAACGAGAUAAACCAAGACGCGACGACCUUUAUUUGCCUGCCUAUUUUCACUGCCGAGUAGCAAUACUGAUCGUUGAAUUGGCUCUAAAGUAUAUACCCGAUAAUCCGACUCAAACAGCAUCCCUCAUUUCGGAGAGUGUCAAGCAAGUAUCGUCGAUGGUAAGACCGCAAAGCAACGAGCAUGCAUUUGCCAUCUGGGCCUGGGAAAUGAUGUCAAAAUUGCGCCUUCAUAGACUCGAUCAGUCCGAGUCCGUUUGCCAUAAAGGAAUAACGAAUCCAGCCGAAGCAUUUUCGAACGUGCCGGAUCUUGAUUCCGAUGCUUCCCUUGAAAGCGUUAUGACCGGUGUACGGGACAAACAGCCGAUCGCUUGUUUCGUUGCUGCUACUAUGACCUUGUGGGGUCACUCGAUUCCUCUUAUUUGCACCAAAGGAUUUGAGCAGCUCACAGUCCUCCUCUUACAUUACAAAUACGAUCACGUACUGAUGGCGCUCUGUCACAUCGUUCCGCUGUUCCUCAGCUGUCCGGAAUCGCUCUUGACGAAUGACAAGUUCUCGGCAAUAAUCCUUUCCCUCGUUACGGCCGAUCGAACGUACAUGAAAAUGGCGAAAAAUUUGAUUGCGCCUGAUUUACCGGGCCCGGUUUUAAAACAGUUCGCCAACAUGAUCGAGUCUCACAUCGUCGGUUAUAAAAGAUACGUUUUGCCCAGCCCUGCAGCUUUGGUGCGCUUAUGGCUUGACAUAUUCGUCAGCGUGCCAGACUGGAAUCGAGAUCCGAACGUUCUUCAUUUGAUAGACACCGUUAUUCGCGGCUCCUUUUUCCAUCUCGAUGCCAGAGCCAUGGUCGAAGAUGUAUUUCAAAAUCUUUUCACGCUCGCAAAAGAGGGAGUAACCGAGAAUUUAGGAACUGGUCGUGGCACCGGAUCAUUCGGAUCGUUCAUUAGUUGGGCAACGGGUGCGGCAAAUACGGCAAGUCUCCUCGGUGGUCCGGUACAAUCGAUUUGGGUGGCCUAUCAGGUACUUCGUACCGAACAGACUGAGAGAGAGCUCAAAAACGGACUAUGGCGACAAUUGUUACGAGAAUUAUCGACUCAAACAAAAAUUUCUCUCGAUACCGCCCUCAAGAAAGCUUGUGCGCACGUUAAAGUGCCUUCUUUCGGAACGAAUGGGUUGUCGAUUUAUAGAUGGUCACAGCAGGCUCUCGAUACUCCCAUGGACCAUCCCUUGCUACCUCUACUUUGGCAACAUUUCUUUUCUCUCUUUCUAGCCCGGGCUCCAACGAUUCCCGGAGUGGCCGAACGCGGUGGCCUUGGAGACAAAUUCUUCGACGGGAUGCUCAAUCUGAGUUAUUUGAAAAAAGUAAAGAAACGUCUCCACGAUACUGUUACGUAUUUCCAAGUAAAAGGAGAAAAAGACACCGAUACCGAUGGCAAACCAAUUACGGACGAAAGAAGAGUGUUCUAUUUUAACGCUGCGAAAUUGUACAAAACUCUGAGCCUAUGGCUAGAGGAGCCCAGAUUACAAGAAUCAGGUCUCUAUCUUCCAGCCUUACCACCCCAGUACAUGUCUCAAAAAUUGCUAAUGCUCAUGCAAGGUGAUGAGGAUCCUUGGCUAGAAUACGUCGACUACUGGUCGGUGCAACAGUCUCAAUUAAAAUGCGCCCGGAAUUGGCAAAACCUUUGCUGUCGAAAGUCGAUAACAGUUGAAAAAUGGUCCGAGGAGGAACGAAGCGAAGGAGAUAAAGAUGAUAACAUAAAUGACAAUAAAGAAUGGCAACAAGAGCGAAUAAUAAAUAAACCGAUUGGGAAAAUACAUCGACGUUUGAGCAGUUACGAAAGGCCAAAAGAAGCACCCUCUCUCGCCAAAAAUAUGACACCUCUCGAGAAUGUUCCUAGGGAAUGUCUGUACGAGCCUGAAAAUGUAAUGAACCUCCUGAAACCACAUUUGAAAAUCAUCAUGGAUUACGCUCAAACAUACAAUCUUUUAAUUUCUGAACACACUGCCGUUGAUUGCACUUUUUUGGAACUCGUACCUACACUUUAUCGUGAAGUUGAAAAUUGCGUGACUCUUCAUGCGCUUUGCGAUCCUGCGCCUUCUUCAGGGCCACGACGCUCAAGAUCGGGCACUCCGCCCACCGUACACUGCGCUGGUCCCGCAGUCAUACGAAUCAAGAUAACGGAAGCCCGAGUCAGCGACGCUGUCGAUCAAAUGAUAAGUCAAAAUCGAGGAAUUUAUGAAAAUUUACUCGUCAAAGCUACCCAACCGCCUCCUUCAAGGGUCACUCAGGGAUGUGCUUUUGCCGAUCAUCUAGUAGCGUUGCUCGAGUACGAAUUGAAUGUGAAUCGAACGUGUGAAAGCAGCGUCGUACUGCGAAAGGUACAAGAAAGCGGAGUAAAGUUGUUCCACCAUUUGGUAGAGUUUUACACGGAAGAAGCAGCGUUGUGUCCACCUACAAAACAGCUUAUUACAACAUGCAUAGAAAAAUUGGGUCAGGCAUUCAUAAGCGGCGAAGAAAGUCAGGGGCCCCCUCUUCUGAGAAGUAUUAUUCAACGACCAAAUCUCGGAGGCAUUCUUGGGCCUCAUUUCACCCCAGUAGCUGGUGGAGCCACAACCUUUUUGCAAAUGUAUCAAACCGUUGUUGAUCUUUCUACUGGAACCAACGCCGAUUUGUGCUUCGUGCUGCUUUCUAAGUUUGAUGUUGGAAGCUGGCUCAACUACAGACGACCUAGACUGAGCGAACGCUCCACUUUUAUCGAUCUCGUAUCUCGAGCUCUUUGCAACAUUGGCCUGAACCCCGAAGACAGCAAGCUGAUCCUACACGAGCUUUUCAGGAACCAUUUGCGUCUCGUACUUUUGCACGAAUUUCCAGAGCACUAUGGCGAAGUUCUCGGCGCUGUGUUACGCGGCAGUGAGGGUCAGAGUCUCUCUCUUGAUGUUUGGCGCGAUUUAUUGGGAGCUCUCAGUGGCAGGUCGAAAUCCGCAGCACCGAUACAACCGAAUAAAGUUAGAGAUGAAAUAAGAAGAUACGCGACCGAGCAGAAACUUUUGUCUCGUCAGGAGAUGCACGACACCGCGGUACUUCUGAGUCAACAUUUCAUGAAGGAACGUUUGCAAUAUGGGCUCUACGGUCUUUAUCCUAAAUAUCGAAUUUACAACGAGCCACUGGUCAUGUUUUUGGGCAUGGUUGGUCAUGCUCUAGUUGUUCUUACGCUUCAAUGUGACAGAGGUUCACUCGCUGAUCAACUUUGCGAGCAAAUAUGGCCGGUUCUCAGUGAAAUGUUCGCACCCUGGAUGACGCCUUAUUGGACGCGUAAUUUGAGAGAACCGACGGCGGCCUGGAUUCAACAGUUAACGGACGACCGAUCUGUUCUGUUACCGUGGAUAAUAACCGAUGGACCGUGUGCGAAUCGAACGGUUGCUAUGUUCGUCGAGUGCAUACGGUUCAUCGUCGAUACGUUACCAGCCUCGAGCAAGAUUCUCUGCUUUCUCUGGCAAUUUUACGUGACCAACUUUGCUCACGCAUCCGUCAAGGAUCACAUAUUGAACGUGGUCCAUGGAAAUUUUAUGUCUCUCCCGUGGGACAAGUUCAAUCCAGGGAUCGGUGACGUCGAACUCAUGGUCAAAGUCGUCGACCAAUAUUUACCGGACAGUCACCUCUUUCUCGGUAGCGUUUUUGUCGCUAUCGACUGGACCGCUUGGAUCAAUCAAUUAAUGGCUUCUCAGCCUCUUUCCAUCGCAGCCAGAAUGCACGUGUGCCUUUUGAAUCUCAUUGUUAAACUGUCCAAUGAACCCAACGUCAGGCAAAACGAUCGAGCGGUGGAGUCGAUAAUCGAAGCGGAGAAAUUUGCUUGGCAUCUCGUGGACGCAACGGCCUAUGAUCAAGUUAUAAAUUGGCAUGUGAUGAGUUGCGAUCCAAGGGUCGUUUUGUCGUGUUGUUCGGAACAGGCUCAUCCUAUUGACGUGGCUGUAAAUAAUCUGUUGAAGGUUGUCGCCGCUUACGACCCAACUGUUACUCACUUUCACCCCACCACUCUCAAAAAGCGUCAGAUGUACGUGAGGUCGUGGGUGAAAUUACUCAUCAAUUGCACGACUCGUCACAAAGCUUUACUUUCAAACAACACAAAAGCUUUCACAAACGCCUUAUCACGAAUUCUCGAUGACAUGGAAAUUGUGCUCACGAGUACCGUUUCGGAAGGUCAACAAGCACAAGAAGCAGGUUUACUCAUAAGCGAACUACUCCAUGCGGUCAACGCGAGCACUUUUCUGGUUGAACAGCUUCGAAUAAGUUGGGUCGAUUGGCUUUCCGAAAAAACUGCUUCUUCGAGCCCUGUACUACUGGGCAUUCUUCGUGUCGUUGGAAUCGCUGCUAUAUCUCCGGCGACUCUUGGACAACUUUUGGAAGCUGCGCUCGAAGCGUUUUUCAAGCACAGUGUUACGGACCAAGUCGAGCCUACAUGGACGAGUGUACUGGGGAUCAUUCAGCCUAUCGUUCCUCGCCAACCCCCCGUCGAAGGAGUUUUGGUUUCCGAAGGACGGCUUCUUGCUCUCUAUGCUCUUCUAUUAAAACGAUUACCGUCUUGUCGGGAUAUCCGAGAAGAAGGAAUGCUUUUGGUCAAUUUGGUCGAUUGGAUCGCAGCGAUAAAACCGAUGGAUUCUAUUGAAGAAAAAUUGCCACUGCUGUGGGCGAAAACGUUCGAACUCGUAUACAGACAAUGCCAGUACAGCGAAAACACCGUUAUCGCUGCACGCUCACUCAAAAAAUUUGCUCGGGCUCUUCUCACGAUAGCUGAUGACGCGGGUCAGGGUUGGGGAAUCCUUGGCGCGAUUGGGCUGAGAAAAGCCUCUCCACUUACCUCAAAAUGUCGAUUCUUGUGUCGUGUACUCGGAGUUUACGCACUGGCUCAAUUGCCCGAAUCUAAAUCAGAGCAACAAUUGAUUCGCUUCACGCCCCACUCGCCGGGUGUCGCACCUGCGAGGACCAACGAUUCAGAUGUGAUGGAAGUACGGCCUAGUUUAGAGGCGAUCAAAGGAAUGCAGACUCUCGAGGCUCUCGUAAACAACAAACAAUACGCCGAACUAAAAACCGACGUGGAGCAAGCUAUUAGAACGAUCAAAGACUCUGGCAAUUCUCUUCACAACGCCAUUGCGAUAACUGGUUUACUCGCUACAGAAUUGUAUACUCGAAGAUAUUUGCACUUGUUGGUUGAUCACUGAAAAUGCUCUACGAUACCCACAUACUCUAUGGAAUAUUUUAAAAAAUGAAGAAAAAAAAAACAAUUAUUAAAUUUUAUCCGCGAUACGCACGUCAGGAAUUUAAAGCUUCUUGAAUCUGUCCGUAUUUCGUCCAUUUUAACUAUGUAAACAUGGUGUCCGGUGAAAAAUUGACGACGGUAUGAAGCGUACGGUAUUGGAAUUCGAUUAUUUCGGACGCGCAGAAAAAUAUUUUAUCAUUUUUUUCAAUUCAAGUUAUCAAUACGUAUAAUUGGUUAUUUUUCUUCGAGUAUACAACAGAGGUUCGAAGACCGUAAUUAAUUUUUCAAGUCAACAAUCUCGAAGAGAUGUUGAUUGACGAUUAGACAAUAGUCAAUGCGUAAUAUUUUAAACGUGGGGAACUUGAAUUGAUGUUGAAUAUUAUCUGAAACUAAUUUUUUUUUAUUCACUCGUAACGAGCAGUUGGAAAUGUAAUGUUUCCACGAUGAUGUAUGUUUAAGAAAUUGGAAAAUUGACGAAUUGUAGACCAAAUAGAAUAUUCCAAAAUUCCGUGUUCCAUGAGCUGAGGAUUCGAUUUAUUUUAUCUGACAAAACUAGGCUGGUGUUUAAGCUUAUUUUCCCAUGGAUCUAUAAUCAAUUAUUGAAAGUCACGUGAUAACUAAAUUGAUUGAAACCAAAUCAAAGUUCUGACGGGAAUUUACAAAAUCGGAAAUUGUUCAAUUCUUCGAAACAUUGAACUGGGCACCAUAGUGUAGACCAAGAACUUGCUUCUAAAUUUAUCUAGUCACCUAGUCAAAAAGUUAGUUUAUUGUUUUUUAAAUAGAAGUUCCAACGAUCAAAAUACUGACUUUGUGUUUACGUCAAUUCCGCUCUAUAGAGCUUUGCCGCACGCACUUGUUCGCCGAAACUAUCGUGUAUACGAAUCAACGAAUUUUCAUCCUCAUUGGAUUUAUUCAUGCGAACCGAAUAACGAACUCUCUAUGAAAGUAUCGAGAGUGAGAUAUCCGCGUGGUCUUAUUUUCUCAAUUAUUCAACCUCACAAUUAUCCUGGCUUGAGCUGUGAUAUUUUUUGUUUUUCAUUGGAUAUAUUUGUAAGUCCGCACGUCGUUAUGUCUUUUUGGAACGCUAUAUCGAAUAUAUUAAUUAAUAUAUAUAAACAUAAGAGAAAAAGAUUAUAUAUAAAAACGUUGAACUUCAAUUGAUGAAAUGUGGCUAACGAAUUAGUCGUCGACCGACUAUCCUGUAGACGAACGUCAAAAAAAUCUAUUGCGUUUUCUCACGAACGAAGAAAUGUAUUCUUGUGUAAAAAAACGAUAUUUCGAGUAUCAUUUCCUUUGGAUUAGCACAAGAUUCGAUCAUGUUCAACAGAAAAACAGUUUCAUUUCAUUUUAAUGACGAUUCGUUUUGUUUUUUGUCAAAUUUUCGAUUAUUUUUUUAAUCAAAAUCGAGCUUUGGUAUCUUAGUCAUAGAAUUAAUAAUAAUAUUCAUUAUUAAUGGAUGAAUACGAGCACAGCUUACACAAUACUGGUUGAUUAUGAAAAUACAUAUUUAUGGUUUGUUUUUCUAAUAUAGUUAAAGUUCUGGCAUUGAAAUGUUGCAAAAAAACUGCUCAUAGAAGAAAAUCUGGCGCAAUAAUGGACCGUGACAAAAAUACACAUAUAUUUACUGUAUAACAGUUUGACCCGAAUCUAAAGCUGGAACUGGAACACACGAGUUUCCUGACCUCUCUUACCCACAUAAAGGAGGUCAGGAUUCGGUCGUUCUAGUUCUAAUUUAAGAUGGGGGUCAAUGUGUUGCUAUAUCUGUAUCAAUAGAAUGCGCCUCUGAACCAUGACUCGACCGAACUCAAAUCGGAAAAGGUGUAUUAGAAAAAGGGAUCAUCAAAUAUGCGCAAUCACCAUGUUCGAUGUGUAGUAUUGUUUAUUAUGCGAAGAGAAAAAUCUAUAUAUAUAUAUAUAUGUAUAAAAUAAAAUCUAUCACGUUACCCAACUA